CCAGUAUUUUGUGGGUGGGACUGCCAAGAAAAGGAAAAGACAUACGAAAAGAAGGUACAAAGCAAGAUGUACACUGGAAGGCUGAAAUGCACAAACAAUUAGGCAUCAAAUAAAAACUUCCUGGGAACUUCCUGCAUGCUUUCAAAAACAUGACCUCAAAAAAUGGAUAUUGAAAUUCAGCAACAGCACUAUUAUUUUACCGAUGUCCUUGCUUCUUUUCUGGACCUGGGAACAUUACAGUUGAGUUGCUGUCUACAGAGGGUCAGAGAGCUCUCGGAUUUCAUCAAAAAUAUCUUAAUCUGUGUUCCGAAGAUGACAAAAAGUCUUAUGGGUUUGAAAUCACAUGAAGUUCACAAGGAAAGAUCUUGUUUAUGGAAGCUUUUUACUGGGCUGUGUCUACUGGUAGUCUUGUUUUUUCUGGUUUUGUCUUUUAUGGGAGAAGAAAGAGAGAAACGCCCUCUACCCAGCUUUUUGUCUCUGCACUCAGUAGAACACAGUUGCCACAACUCUUCAAACGCCAGGUCUCCUGCAGGAAUCAACUUUCAGACACAAAUAAGCUCUUUCUACUCUGAAUUAGGAAUCAGUUUAGAUGCCUACUCUAGGUUACAGCAGGCUGUUUACUGGGAAGAACCUGACAGAUCAAUCACAAGUGUGUCCAUGAGUACUAGUCCAGCCCACACCACUUUCAUCAUAGAGAACCUGAAAGAGAGUUACCAAAUUGGUGAGGAGCUUUAUGUAACAGUACACGCGAAGGACUCUGACAACAAAUUCAAGCAUUAUGGAGGUGACUUUUUUCAGGCCAAGCUGUUCUGGUCUAAAUCUAAGGCCAGUGUGUUUGGGGAGGUGCUGGACCUGUGCAAUGGCUCCUACCGUGUGCGUUUCCUCCUGCCGUGGGUCGGUGAAGCUCAGGUGGCUGUGCGUCUGAUUCACUCCAGUGAAGCUGUGGAGGUCCUGAAGCGUCACAGAGAAACUGACUCUGACAGAGUGUACUUUUAUGGAUAUUAUGAGGGACCAGGACCAGAUAAGACCAGACUGAGUGAAACGGUAAAGUGUAAUGUGAAGUGGGACAAGAAUGGACUAGAGAGCAUAAGAACUGGAGACUGUUGCUGUGAAUACAACGAUCCCCGUUCUGGAGAAACAUGGCGAUGCCAGAGACCCAAAUCACUGCCAUGCAGUGCCCUUGUGUACCACUCUAUGGGUGGUUAUACAGACAGUUUGACUUAUAAAGACAAGAUGCUUAUGAAGCAAACUAACAAAGAUAUCAGUGGCGAUAAGAGCAUCAUCAAAAUUUUUCCUUCCCAUGGAAAUACAAAUAUUGAUGUAACAGAGAAAUGUCAUCCUGGUUUACACACUCCAGUUCCGGACGGCUUUUACCUGAAUGAUGUGUGGACUUCUUUUGUCUGUAGAACCCGUCAUUUUACAACCCAAAAGAUAACAGAGUGCCUGAAAGACAAAGACAUCUACAUGAUGGGAGACUCAACUCUGAGACAGUGGUUUGAGUUCUUUGUGAAUGAACUACCAGUGCUGAAGCAGAUGAAUCUGCAUGUCCAAUAUCAGUCAGGACCACUCCUAGCAGUGGAUGUGGAGAACAACAUUGACUUACACUGGAGAGCUCACGGUGUUCCUCUGCGCACUCGAAAAACAGCAUUUGCCGAUCUGCACUACAUCAGUAAUGAGAUCGAUGACCUGGCUGGAGGACCCCACAUGGUCAUUGUAUUCAAUCUGGGGCCUCAUUUCACCACUUACCCUCUGGAUUUCUUCACCCAAAGAGUGUUAAAGAUCCGCAAAGCUGUUCUAGCACUGUUACAGCGGGCACCUGAAACUACAGUUAUAAUCAAGACUGUCAACACUGGCAGAAAGGAUAUUUUUGGCAGUGACUGGUAUUCUCUUCAGUUGGACAGAAUUCUGCAGUGGGCUUUUCAGGAUGUUGGUGUUUAUAUUCUGGAUGUGUGGCAAAUGACUGCCUGUCACUACAACGAUGAAGACAUCCAUCCAGGCCCUGUCAUCAUCAAAAAUGAGAUUGACAUUUUACUCUCUUUUAUUUGCCCCAAAUGAAUUUAAAUGACUAAAUUUUACUACAUUUGAAAAUCCAGGUCAUGUGUAAAAAACUUGAAAUACUGUGUGACAGUGUUUAAAGUUUAAAGUUGUUUUAUUAAUAAAGAUCAUGAAGAGGAUGUUAAGAUAAUCAUCCAACACAGCACACGUGGUAGGGUGACCAUAUGAGCCAUUUUUCCAGGACGCGUACUUUGGUGCCUUAUAAUGAUCAGUGCACAGCGACACUUCAAGUUGAAUGAACGAACAAACACCUAACAUGUACGUGUAUUUGCAUUGCUCUGAUCGUUCUCUGUAGAUCUCACCUUCUCACACACCACGAUUGGUUGAUUAUGUACCAUAGCUGCAUGUUAUUGGUCAAACUACUUUGGAUGUUUUAGGCAAUAUAGAAAUCCUGGCAAGGAUGCGUCCUGGGAAAAUGGCUCAUAUGGUCACCCUACACGUGGAGCACAUUGUUGUUUUAGUAAUGACAUUUAUAUAGAAGCCUCUUUCUGCCACAUAAAAAUGCUAAAUUAUCAUAUAAGAAGUCAAAUUAUGACAACCAUAAUCAUGAAAUUAAAAGUCAAAGUAAUGAAAUACUAAGUCAAAAUAGCCUUAAACUGGAA